CAUACGGUAUUUAUGUGACCACAACCACAGAACAACGGACUGUCGACCAUGAUAAAUAGGUAUGUUGGCAAGACGUCGUAGCAACUCAUGAUACGCAUGUUUCGCAAUCCUGCCGAGCAACGGUGAGGUGGUGCAGUAAGUUGUUGCACCAAUGAGAAACGGUUAAAUGCUUUUAACACAUUAUGUAUAUUAUGUUUUAUAAUAUGUGCUGGUGCUGGAUGCCUGGAUAGAGGAGAGGAGUGAGAGGACGGAUGCGCGAGCUGUGUGACUUCCGAGUGCCGACAAGUUUUUAAAACGGCAUGGCGGUUUACUGCUGACAUAGUUUUACAUACCCAUUUAUUUAAUAAUUUAUCAAGGUGUCGAGUGUGAUUGUGUGGAUAUAAAAUUUUGAAGUUUGCUUUGCCGUUGGCGUCCAAACAAGUUUUACUUAAAACUCUAUGCCAAACCGCCAUUGACAUGAAAAGUGCCAUUUAAAAAGGUAAAAUAAUCAUUCUGAACCAUGAAAUCUUACUGUCUGCAAAACGGUAAAUAUUUGGGUAUAUCUUAUUUUAGAGAUGUCAAAAAUAUUAAAUGGCUAAAAGAUAACAUGUUUCCAAUUUUCAAAGAUAAAUCGCCUGUGUUAAUUAGCAGCAGAUUGAUUAUCGAUCCAUUUCAGAUUGUAGUUGCUGUGAAUAAUUCUUACUUGUCUUGUGAAAAUUCCUGUAUGAAAACUAAGUCUCUUGCAAACGAAAUUUUAUUUAAUUUAUCAAGUUCAAAAAAUAUCACACAGUCGUUAAAAGAAAUAAGCGCUAAUGACCAAGAUGAUGAUAUGAUAGUUGUAAUUAUAUCAAAGUUCUCCAAUGUUCCUGAAAUGCAAAUAUUUCAAGAAAAAUGUAUAACAGGAUGUGAAACAGAUAUUUCAGAAAUUGCAGAAAAUAUUGAUGAAAAUUACAUUAAAUCUUAUUACAAAAUAAGUCAAAUAGAAAGUGAAAACUCUAGUCUACUUGAUUCUAUUGUUACUAGAAUUGCUUGUAAAGCUCUGACAUUGUAAAACCAUUAGUUUGAAUAAUUAUAAUUUCAUUAAAUUA